UCCCAAUCCCAUUAGAUAGAAGAUUAGGUGCAUUAAUAGGAGCCAAACAAACAUAAUUCUAACUAAAAAUGCUACAUUGAUUUAAUCGACUAUCUGUCGUCAUCACUCUUUGUUGGUCUGUGUCAACUUUGAAGCAAAGCCCUAUAGAGAUCCUAUUCGGCAAUGCCUAUCUUCCUAGCUUUAGCCUAUCUAAUGUCAGAAACUUAAACCUCGGAAAAUCCUCCUUGUUUGCUUCUGCUUGUACCCAGGCAUUUUCCAAAUGGGUAUCUUUACUUACCGAGGGAAAACUGAAUAGUAUCAUGAUUUUUCUGUUGCUCAAUUUCCAGGUUAUGGGGCUGAAAAGAGAGUUCUACAAACCCUAACCUACACCAAUCCUUCUAUAUAUUUCUACUAUCAAUGGCUGCCUCUCUAUUAGCGUCACCAUCGACCUCAACAUUCUCUACUCGGAAGACCCACCUGAAAUUUUCUCUCAACCGUGUCAUUUCCUCCAUUAUUCCUAGCGCAAUGCCUCUUUUCAAAUCAAACGCGCGCUUAACCUUCCAAGCUUCCCACCAUUUUGGUCCUCUUCUUACAACAAGAGCUUCUUCAGAUGGGUUUCUUGACUCAGUCGAGGAGAAUGAGACUUUGCCGUCCUUUGAGGAACGGCCGGGCAAAUUUCUGUUGUGGGUAAUAUUUUGGGCUGCUCUAUCCCUGGGUUGGUUUGCGGCUUCUGGGGAGGCUAAUGCUGCUUUGGCUUCCAUUAGAGCCUCGAGCUCUGGCCUGAAGAUUGCGAGUGCGCUUCGGCGUUUGGGCUGGCCUGAUGAGGCCGUCGUGUUUUCCCUCGCUACGCUUCCUGUGCUUGAGCUUCGUGGGGCUAUUCCUGUUGGGUAUUGGAUGCAACUCAAUCCUGUUCCCCUAACCGUCCUAUCCGUUCUUGGGAACAUGGUUCCUGUGCCCUUCAUCAUUCUAUACUUGAAGAAAUUUGCAUCUUUUCUCGCUGGGAGGAAUCAGACUGCUUCUCGGUUCCUCGACAUGCUAUUUGAGAGUGCCAAAAAGAAGGCUGGUCCUGUGGAAGAGUUCCAGUGGCUCGGUCUGAUGCUGUUUGUGGCUGUGCCUUUCCCUGGAACAGGAGCAUGGACAGGAGCCAUGAUAGCUUCUGUUCUAGAGAUGCCAUUUUGGUCAGCUGUAUCUGCAAAUUUCUUUGGUGUUUUGUUGGCUGGGCUUCUGGUAAAUUUGCUGGUAAAUCUUGGUCUCAAGUAUGCCGUUGUUACUGGGGUUAUCCUCUUCUUUAUUUCCACAUUCAUGUGGAGCAUCCUUCGGAAACUCAGGAAGUCUUCUAGCUCAUCAAAGUGAUAAAUUGACAAACUUAACUCAUUUUUCCCCUCAUAGCUGUGGGGUGACAAUCUAUGCAUUUUUAAAUUUAUUCUCAAUGUCGAGGCCUAUCUACCUUCCUGCAAAUUUUGAUUCCAUCAACAACAUUGGAUUUUUUAUUUUCUUUUUCUUUUUCUUAUAAUGCUGCUCAAGAUCGAAGCAGCCUUCAGAGAGACCUCAUGUUUUGAUAUUUGAGAUGAGGAAAUAUAAGAGUAAGCCUCCCUCGCAAAUA